AUGAUUCUGAUCCAAAUUCAUGAUCUCUUGGGGCGACGCCCCUAUCCCAAGCAGAUCGAGAAGGAUGCUGCUAAAGUAGAGGACAUGAAGGCACGCGGUGCAGAUUCGCACGACAUCAAACAGCAGGAGAACGUUCUCGCCGAAUCGCGUAUGAUGGUCCCUGAUUGUCGCAAGCGACUCGAAUCCGCCUACUACGACCUCCAAUCCGCAGUGGAUGGAGCAAAAGAUGAUCCAACACUGAUAGAAUCACAGGAGUUCAAAGACGCAUUGGAGAUUGUGGCAGAGGCUUCAGGGAUUGUUGGUUAA